UUCUGGAAGGUAAGAGCUCCUGCGCGGAAGGCGCCGCCCGGCCUUAGCGCUCAAUCCGCCGCUCAUCCCUGCCAUCUUUAGUCGUACCGCUCGCCCGCUACGUAUAGCAGCAGUGUAAUCUGCCCCUAGCUGACUGGCGUAGCUCUGGGGGGGAUCCUGUUUGAUAAAAACCAUGGCAGCCCAAGGAGAACCUCAAGUUCAGUUUAAGCUUGUUUUGGUCGGUGAUGGUGGUACUGGCAAGACAACCUUUGUAAAACGUCACUUGACUGGUGAAUUUGAGAAGAAAUACGUAGCCACACUUGGUGUUGAAGUCCACCCACUGGUUUUCCAUACCAACAGAGGUCCUAUAAAAUUCAACGUUUGGGAUACUGCUGGUCAGGAGAAAUUCGGUGGUCUUCGUGAUGGUUACUACAUUCAGGCUCAAUGUGCCAUUAUCAUGUUUGAUGUUACCUCAAGAGUCACAUACAAGAAUGUACCUAACUGGCAUAGAGAUCUUGUACGAGUAUGUGAAAAUAUCCCCAUAGUCUUGUGUGGCAACAAAGUGGACAUCAAGGACAGAAAAGUUAAAGCAAAGUCCAUUGUGUUCCAUAGGAAGAAGAAUCUUCAGUACUACGAUAUCUCCGCAAAGAGUAACUACAAUUUUGAAAAGCCAUUCCUUUGGCUUGCCAGAAAACUGAUAGGUGAUCCUAACCUUGAAUUUGUAGCCAUGCCUGCUCUUGCACCACCAGAGGUGGUUAUGGAUCCUGCACUUGCAGCACAAUAUGAGAUCGAUCUACAGGUUGCCCAGACCACAGCACUGCCAGAUGAAGAUGAUGAUCUGUGAGGUGAAUGAAGUGGAGCCCAGAGUCAGAAGUCUAGUUUUAUAGGCAACUGUCCUGUGAUGUCAGUGGUGCAGCGUGUUUGCCACCUUAUUAUCUAGCUGAACAGAGCAUAUGCUUAAUCUUUUUGGGAUGCUGAAGGAGAUGAAUGGGCUUCGGAGUGAAUGUGGCAGUUAAACAAACUAAAUAAAUCCUUCAUAUUUUGGACCUGCAUAUUUAGCUGUUUGGGACUGCAGAUAUUCCCUAAAAUUUCCAAUAUUAAGACUGCUACAGUCACAUCACACAAUAUCCAGUGGUGAAUCCUGUUUGUUACUGUCAUUCCCAUAUCUUUUCGUUUAGAUCAUAAUAAAGUUGUAUUUCAAAUACCCGUUCCUUGA